GCUCCGAGGUUCCUUCAUUGUCCGGAAUACACCAAUGAAUGGCCUAGAUCAGGCGAUAUCAGCUUCCAGGAUGUUUGUCUACGCUAUAGGCCUGGUCUGGACCUCGUCCUGAAAAAUAUCACUUUUGACAUACAUGAUGGAGAAAAGAUUGGCGUAGUAGGUAGAACUGGUGCUGGCAAGUCCUCUCUCAUGCUUGCACUGUUUCGUCUGAUCGAACCUUGUCAGGGAAAAGUGGUUAUUGAUGGCCUGGACGUUUCCAAGCUAGGCCUGUAUCAGCUGAGACAGAAGUUAACUAUAUUGCCACAGGAUCCAGUUCUCUUCUCAGGCAGCCUGAGGUCAAACUUUGACCCUUUCGACCAGUUCACUGAUGAGGACAUCUGGAAGUCAAUAGAGCAUUGUCAUCUGAAAGGUUUUGUGGAGACAUUAGCCGAGGGCCUGGACUUUGUUGUUGGAGAGGGAGGAGACAAUCUGAGUGUUGGUCAGCGGCAGCUCAUCUGUCUAGGUAGAGCCUUGUUGAGGAAGACCAGAAUUCUAGUCCUGGAUGAGGCAACUGCAGCAGUGGAUGUGAAAACAGAUGAGCUCAUACAGAAAACUAUAAAGUCUGAGUUUGAAUCCUGUACUGUGCUAACUAUCGCUCACAGACUCAACACUAUUAUGGAUUAUGACAAGAUCUUAGUGCUGGAUCAAGGCAGAAUUGUGGAGUAUGAUCGCCCGUCAGUGCUGCUAGAAAACAGUAACUCUCUGUUUUAUCAGAUGGUUGCACAGUCACAGCUAGUACACACAGCAUCAUCAUGA